UUCGCACCCGGGCAAGGUGGAAGGGCCAAAUGGCUGGCCGCGUUUGUAACCCUCCCUGCGUUUUGAUUUCAGCCAAUGUCCAGCCCGUCUGUCUGCCAACGGUCAACCAGGUGUUCACUAAAAACACUGUGUGCUGGAUCACUGGAUUCGGGACACUGCUGGAGGGGGCAGCCCAGGGCUCCACCAACCUGAUGGAGGCGUCAGUGAGCAUCAUUGACUUCUCCACCUGCAACAGGCCCACCAUCUACAACGGCAUGCUCACCCAGAGCAUGAUGUGCGCAGGGAACCUCAAUGGUGGAGUCGACUCCUGCCAGGGGGACAGCGGGGGGCCCCUGGUGUGCCAGGUGCAGGACCAGUGGUUCUUGGCCGGGGUGACCAGCUGGGGCGUGGGCUGUGCCCGCAGAAAUAAACCCGGCGUCUACAGCAACGUCACCCAGCUGUUGCCCUGGGUCUACGCCCACAUGGAGCUAGAGAAGCCUUAACAGCACUUUACCAACGGCGCACAGGGGACAGGGGCUGCCCACGCUCGUGUCUUCCAGAACCCAUCGCUCUUCCGAAUAUCCAAUGCCCUUGAAGGGCACGCGAACGGGGCUUCGGGAACGGCACACCUGCCUCUGCCUCACUGUAACUUCUGGGUGUGAUCUUGGGGACAGUAAACUGUGUGGCCAGCGGCUGGAAGCUGUUCCCAAGCACUUUCCUUUCCAUUAAAGCUUUCUUCUCCCCUGGGGGGGAAAAUCUGUUUCACGGCGCAGUCCAGUACAACCAGGAUGGCCGGAUGUUCAUCGCUUCGCUGUUCCUGUGGUGUGUGUGAGCAUCGAUCUGGAAGUUUGUAAUGAGUCAAUAACUAUAAUAACAAAAGAUGCACUAACGGCACCCCGUCUCUUACUGGGGUUUUAUUAUGUAGUUGUGGCAGUGAACAAACAUCACAUCACCCACACUGCCGGGCCUUUCUUCUGGAAUAAUCUGUGGAGUACUGCGCUUUGCUCAAGCAAUGAAUCCCAGAUCUAGAGGGAGUUCGGCAGGGCCGGAGGCCUGACCGCUCCGGAUCUGGUACUCCGCGCUGCGAGAGCAAUGUUUGGUAGGGAUGUGGGGACACCUGUCUCCUCUUUAUUUAUACAGCUCAGGCUUUCUUCUCCCCCGAGGAGGGGGGAAUCUGUUUCACGGCACAGUCCAGUACAACCAGGAAGACCAACAUCGCCAACAGACAGGGCAGUACAGGAGUGUUACAGGAGAUAUGAGUGUUGCUUUACAUUGUUUGAGAGAGAUUGCAGGGGGGGGGGUCAGAGAUUUUCUGAGUCUGCUGCUGUCACACCUGGGGACUCGGGUGUCUCCCAGGUGGAAGAAGUGUAAACUCACAGAGAGACACACUUCCCAUAAUGCACGUGGCCUUCUUUACAGCCCUCUGUGUGUGGAGCAUACUGACGCCAAUCUGAUCUCCCCCAAUUACCCUGCCACCUUCCCCACCUAUUACAAUUAACAGCGCUGAUGUUGCCACGCCGACGAGUGAGACAGCAUGUGUUAAGCCACUUUCAAAAAUAACAAGCGAAAAAAGAGUUUUAUCUACCUUACAAUCGCUGAGCCUCCUCAGGGAAAAAAAAUCUAAUUUUGUUUUCAAUAAAGGGGGUCACAACAUGUGUCCCAUCUCAGGUUUCGGUCCCAGGUACUCUACAGACUGAGCAUCAGUUUCCGAGGGGUGUUGCAUUUUUUCCCCAAAGUCCGCAAUCAGCUCCUUGGUUUUCAAACCAUUUAGCUUCAAAGAGAAGCCAUCAUCACUCCAUUCGCUUUUGAGUUUAACCAUUUCCUUUGACCACUGAAGAGACGCGCGAUAGGGGAACAGAGAUCAUGCUAAGAGCAUUGGCAUCUGUUACUCCAUUAAGGUUUUCCCCUGAGUCUCUAAACCGAUGGAUUUUCAUGCAAAGCAAACAUCUGCUUUGAGAUUUGCAAUUAGCCUUAUGGAUGAGUUUAACUCCUUGAAACCCUAAGGGUUAGGAUGGUGCAUUUCAGCUCAACCCAGUGUCAUUUUGUUCAGUUGUUCUACACUUAAGACUGUCACUUUAGCUCUGUCCUGUCACUGAUGUCUAGUGAUUAGUGAAACAAGUUCACACCCCCUUCUCUCUUCCCCCCAUAAAAAGCUGUAAGCAGCCAUCUGCCAGUGUGACCCAAUCUCAAGGAGCUGGAAAGUGAAACUCAUCUUACUGGGCAUUCGAAACAGCAUCAUCUCAGCUGGAAAUGAAAGAGGACUGGUAAGACUAGGAGUUCGAGGAAAUUGCUUGGGAACAGCGGCAUGUGGAACGACCCUGGUGAAAAUACCAGGUGAAAUGACGUCUACAAACCCUGUCGCACUUCACAGCACAAACCCGCCUGGAGUUUUAUUCUGAAACACUAGCCUGUCUUCCACCGUUCGUUUACAGAGUGGGAAUAGUCACCUUAGCCCUUGCAAUCCACUGCAUUGUUGUACUUGGAGCAAACCAGUUGCUUAUACUGUAUGUAAAAAGCUCCUUGCAUUUAUAAAAUAAUAAUAAAUACACUUACAGUA